AUGAGCUUUAGCACUCUGUACGUAAGACGUCACCGGUACCUUACGGCAACGGGCAGUUUUCGCUGGAUAAAUCCGAAUGGCACGAAUCUAAUCGGCGGACAGGUCUCAACAUUACCCGCAUUGAACAAACCAGUUGAUCGCAUUUAUUCGCAUCGAUCGGAACUGCUGGGAAUGCAACCUUAUAGAGUGCUGUUUUUUUCGGCAUAUUUUCUCACGGUGCUGGCUGGGAUUUGCCAAGAAGUGUUCAAAAAUUCGGUUGAUGAUCGACCAUUUUUUCGAAUUGUAGAAUCGAAGAGUUUGGAAAUUUUUUAUCCAAAACGGGACCGAAAGCACAAAGUGUUUGGCAUAGAAAUCUACAAAAAUCCCAAAGCAACGCUCGAGGAGGCGCCCUGUGAUUUGUGUGUCUAUACAACCCGUGUGAAAGAUGGGUGUUUCAUCAUUAAGAGUUUUCUACUGGCUGUAAGGCUUAGGGACAUUCUGAAGGUGGUGAUACUAGUCAAAUUCAUCGGUGAUAUCGAAAUGCGAAAGAUUCGUACAGAAGUAGUAAAAUUUACAGAUUACAUCAUUCCACCAGAAUGUGUUUGUAGAGAUGUUUCCAGUGAAUAUUGUUCAAGGGCAUCUAGAAACAUGACUGAAUAUCGUCCCGUAUUUAAAUUACAUACUACCAAAGGAACAUCGGCAUACCUUCCAAAGGCGAAGUGGAUCGAUAGUUUAGAGCUAGAGGUAUUUAAUUAUGGUACUAAUCAAACCGGUGAAGCAGACCGAAGCAGUUUAAGUGUCACAUCUAUUAUGAAUCGUUGUAUGAUUUUUGAGACAAACGAGUCUCAGGCCCGCUUCUCUCUACUGGACUAUAUUGCAUUUGCAGUUUUUGCAAUCAAAAUAAAUGGCAACGAGAUUGUUGUGGAACCGAGACAGAUACAUCUCAGAGGUGAUUGA